AUGACAGUAAACGAUGACGGGGGAGCCCCAGGCCCUUCGACUGCUCCUUUGACUGCGACGGACGCCUACCGCGACAUAUCACAACCACACGGCGGGUCUCCGACACCCACUCCUACUCCUCGCGCACCAUUCCGCCCUAGUACCCAAUCACAGCGCCACCAGCUAUCUCCUAUCAGCGGCCAAGCAUCUGCCUCGCCACCUGUACCGGGAACUUCGCUCGCCCUACAGCACCUUCUUGGGUAUAUGCAGCGUCGUUUGUCAGAUUUCGUUGGGUCCGACGCCUCCAUCUCCAGUAGCAAUGCCAUCACGCGGCCGUUUGCCUUCGCUCGCGACCUCCGGGGUCGGUACGAUGCUAGUCGAGACGGCGAAGUGAUCGAGGAGGGUGAAGAACAGGGAGGAGAAAUGCAGGGAGGAGUUGGUGUCAGCGUGCCCUCGCAACCUCGACAUCGCCAGGGCCAGCAGGCGCAUAAUCGGAGCCAGAGCCAUAGUUUCUAUCAGCAUCUCGACGAGAGUCCGUCGUUGCAUCGCGCUGGCCUCCUCCAGCCACGCUCGUACAGCAGCGCGAUCGCAUAUAACGCCAAUGCCGCUCUGAUGCCUCCGACGUUUGCCCCUGCUGCCUUUCCGUUGUACUCGCCGUCGCCGUCGCCUGGACCUACACCUGUCACUUCGCCUGCGUCGCUCCUGCCUACUGCGGUAGCGCAACGGUCGCAUCUGUCGCACUCGGCGUCGCCCUCGCCCGCGUCGGCGCUCUUCUCGCCUUCGAGUGGUGCUAGCGUCGGUCGGAUCAGCUUGCAGACACAUACGCAUACGCACCCACACGACGGCACCCCACACGCAGGUCUACGCCCACACACGCCCGACUCGAUACGCGCGGCGACAGUCGAGUUGUCGAAUAUGAACAUGGAGGUGGGCAUUGCUGAGCCGGUGCCAGCGCCUACGCCGCCACCGACAGCUGUGCAGACACAAACGAACGAUGACCCUCAGCCACCACCUCAACAACAGGAUGAUCAAGGCGGAUUCAUCUUCCCCAACACUCUCACACUCCCAACACCUUCCAUCGAAUCCAGCAUCAACCUCAACCUCAAAAAUAUCGCGACAGAGCGAACAUCAGCGCUCGGGACGGAGUCAGGCCCUCUGACGUCCGAGUCGGCGCUCUCCCUACCUUUACCAGUCAACCUCGAGCUCGAGUCAGAUACUGAAGGUGAAAGGCUGGAGUCGUCUGUUGGGACACUCGCAACGUUAGCGUCGGGAUCUACUUCGUCUAGGAGAAGUGGGAGUGGGUCAUCUGAGAGGGAGAGGGAGAGAGUAACCAGAGAGGCGAGGGAGAAGAGGAACGUGGAAGACCGGAGGAGCAGGUCGAAGCCCUCGGGGCUGUCUUUGCUGAGGCCUAGUACGAGCAUGCCUAUUGGUGUGGGUGAGCAAGCCGGUCAGAGUGGGUUAAGAUCGGGCUCGAGUUCAUCGAGAGGGUCGAGCAUCGAGUCGAUGAGGGUGUUGGUAGGCUCGGCGGUACCGCAGUCGAGUGCCCAUGGACAUGGAGCGGAGACGACACCUACUGCAACGCCCCUUGGAACACCACGCGCUCCGCCGACGUCGCUACCAGCAACGGCGCAAGUGCAACAGCAGCAAGGAGCGAACCAUGUCCGCUGGCGCAGCCCACCGUCGCUCGCACGUCCUCUAGGACCGUCAAGAGAAGGCUCCCAAAUACGCGCACAGGCGCGGUACGAGGAGAUGGAGGCACAUAGCAACGAGCGUACGCCAUUGCUCGUGCAGCCGAGUCCAAGCAGUAGUGGGUCGGGAUCGGAGAGUGAGAGUGAGAGCGAGAGCGAAGCACCGCCUGUGGACGUCUACGCUGGGGUUAGUGCGCGAAUGCCUAAGUACGGAAGCACUAACACUGGACAAGCGAAUGGGUACGGCGACGAGGAGGCCGGCCGCUCGUUCGGAUGGGCACAAGGUUGGGGUGUAGGUCCACGGGCGUUCUUCGAGAAUUGGACGCGGAGAGUAGGUGGUGCUGGUACUGGGAACGGGAACAGGAAUGGCCAUGGGGUGGGUCUGGCAGAGGAGCUAGGCCCAAGCAAACCACGGUGGAGCGUCGGGCUGACGAAGGACGCGGUGAAGGCGCGCGUGAAGCACGAGGUCGCGCUCGCCCCAGAGCACGCGAAGACCGCCCUCAAGGCCAUCCCGGCAGUCCUUCUCGGGUGUUUGCUCAAUAUUUUGGAUGGUGUUUCGUACGGCAUGAUCAUCUUCCCCGCCACCGGCGUCUUCGCCGACCUCGGCCCGAUGGGCGUGUCCAUGUUCUUCGUCAGUGCCAUCGUUGCCCAGCUCGUCUACACCUUCGGUGGUUCGGGUUUCGCAGGCGCGAACGGGAGCAUGAUGAUUGAGGUUGUGCCUUUCUUCCAUAUUUUGGCAAACAGCAUUGCAAACCAGAUUGGAGAGGACGACCCCCUUGCGAUCAUUGCGACGACACUGACUGCGUAUGCCUUCAGUUCUAUCCUGACAGGCCUGGCAUUCUUCCUUCUCGGUGCGCUAAAGCUCGGCGUCGUGGUGGGCUUCUUCCCGCGACAUAUCCUGGUCGGGUGCAUCGGCGGUGUAGGCGCGUUCCUCAUCGAGACGGGCCUUACAGUGAGCAUGCGCAUAUCGGACGACGACUUUACAAUAUCGCUUGAGACGCUGCGCAUGAUGUUCCUCGACGGACACGUCCUCCUCCUGUGGUCUAUCCCGCUCGCGCUCGCGAUCCUCUUGAGGGUGAUAACGAGUCGGGUGAGACACCAGUUGGUGUUUCCUUUGUAUUUCAUCGUCAUUCCGAUCGUGUUCUACAUUGUGGUUGCGGCUGCAAGGCUCGACAUGGGCAUGCUCAGGCGCGAAGGGUGGGUGUUUGAUAUGGGCGCUUCGGCGAAGGAGCCGUGGUAUAAGUUCUAUAGCUACUUUGAUUUCGGUAAAGUGCGAUGGGAGCCUCUCUGGGCGACAUUGCCGACGCAAUUCGCGCUGCUGUUCUUCAACAUCCUACAUCCUCCUCUGAACGUUCCCGCCCUUGCCGUAUCCCUGAACGACGACGUCGACACGAACAAAGAGCUUGUCGCACAUGGGUACUCCAACCUCUUGUCGGGUGUGAUAGGCUCGGUGCCCAACUAUCUCGUCUAUGUCAACACUCUCCUGUUCUACCGCGUGGGCGGGGACAACCGGAUCGCUGGAUUCUUGCUAGCGGUGGCGACGGCGGUGUUGUUGGUUAUUGGGCCGGCGCCGAUUGCUUUUAUCCCGGUUAUGGUGGUUGGAGCGUUGAUCUUCGUGCUGGGGAUCGAUUUGGUCAAGGAAGCGUUGUGGGAUUGCAGGCAUCGGGUUACUUGGUCGGAGUAUGUCACGAUUAUCAGCAUCAUGGUCUGCAUGACUGUGUGGGACUUCGUCAUUGGGGUGUUGUUUGGGAUUAUCGUCAGCUGUUUCUUCUUUGUGGUGCAGAACUCGCAGCUGCGGAGUAUACGUGCCAUGUAUACUGGAGACCUUGCAAUGUCGGCUGUACGGAGACCAAGUUUGCAGCGUGCGUACAUCAGAGAAGUUUCCAAGCAGACGACUAUCCUUCGUUUGCAAGGAUUCCUGUUCUUCGGCACCAUCACCUCCGUCGAGGAAACGAUUCGCAACCUCAUCGAAGGGCCCUAUUGGCAACAACGCCCCGUCCAGUUUCUCGUCCUCGACCUCUCGCUCGUCGCAGGCGUCGACAUGUCCGCCGCCGAGGCCUUCGUGCGGAUCCAGCGCCUCCUCGCUGCGCGCUGCGUCACGCUGGUCUUCUGCGGCUUCGAGAUCGACUCGCCAGUGGGGAAGGCGCUUGCCAGUGUUGAUGUUCUGGGUGCGAGUGGGGUAGAGUUGUUCGCGAACUUCAAUGAUGCGAUGGAGUGGACGGAGAACGCGUAUCUAAGGGCGUGGUUUAGGUCACAGAAGGUGGAGGGUGCUGCAAUGACUUUUGUCAUUCCUGGCAGACAAGAUGCAGACAUCGAGUAUAGUCAUCUUGUCGGCUCAUUUGUACGUUCGCCUCGCCGUUCACACCUGCGCGACGCGGGCGAUCGCACAAUCGCAACCGAGAUCCACACCACCCCUCCGCCGCACCUCAACCUCAACGCCGAGCCCCUCAGAACGCUCCUUAAAGCUUUCUCUUCCUACGGCCCCAUCGACCCCGUCUUCUUCCAGCCUCUCACCACUUACCUCCAACGCACCACCGCCGUAGCGGGUACCAUUCUCUGGAGGCAAGACGACCCCUCGGACGGGCUGUACAUCAUCGAGCAGGGCGUCCUGCGGGCAUCGUACGUAUUCGCGAACCCUGCGCAGAAGUUUGAGGAGUCGAUGGUCGCAGGCACGCUCGCGGGUGAGCUAUCCGCACUUGCGGACGCGCCGAGGAACGCGACCGUUGUGGUGGAGCACCCGGCGGUGCUGUGGAAGUUGGGAAAUGAGGAGAUUCGGAGGCUGCAGGCCGAGGAGCCGGAGUUGGCGAGGGUGUUCAUUCAGCUUGUUCUCAAAGCUGCAAAACUGGAUUAUGAUAUCCUGCUUGCUGCGAUUGCUUCGCGGCAAUAA